UUUUUGGGACUUUUGGGUACAAACAAAAUAGCGGCGCAUGUAAUAAAAUAAAGUGUGAUUAAAUUUACAUAUAUUUCUAAGAAGAAAUAGAAUAGAAUAAUCAAUGUUGAUUUUAAUAAUUUCAAAGUUACGUAUGGCGAAUUUGUAGUUUUUACAUGAAAUAAAUAUAACCUGAUCCAUCGUUUUUGCAAUAAUUUAAAUAAAAAUGCGUUACGCACAGUUAGUUGUUGGGCCUGCAGGCAGUGGAAAAUCCACCUACUGUUCUACAAUGGUGAAACACGCUACCGACUCCAAAAGGCUCAUAGAGGUAGUGAACCUGGACCCAGCAGCUGAGCACUUUGACUAUCAGCCUCUUGUGGAUAUCAGGGAGUUAAUACACCUAGAUGAUGCUAUGGAAGAUGAAGAACUGCAGUUUGGGCCGAACGGGGGACUUGUGUUUUGUAUGGAAACAUUAUUAGAAAACUGUGACUGGUUAGAAGAACAACUAGGUGAUGUGGUCGAUGAUUACAUAUUAUUUGAUUGUCCGGGACAAAUUGAGUUAUACACACACUUACCUGUUAUCAAGAGGCUCGUGGAUCAGCUAGAAAAGUGGAACUUUAGGAUAUGUGUUGUGUUCAUGAUCGAUUCUCAGUUUAUGGUCGAUGGGGCUAAGUUUUUGUCAGGCACAAUGGCUGCUCUCAGUGUGAUGGUGAACUUAGAACUGCCGCAUGUUAACAUUUUAACAAAGAUGGAUCUAUUGAGUAAAUCAGCAAGGAGACAACUUGAUAAUUAUCUAGACCCAAAUCCCCACAUACUACUAGCAGACAUGAGAAACGUCAAAUCCCGAUGGCACGAGAAAUACGCGAAACUCACAGAAGCAAUCGGCCAAGUUAUUGAAAACUUUAGUCUAGUACGCUUUAACCCGCUAAAUAUAAAGGAUGAAGAAAGCAUAGAUACUAUAUUAAUAACCAUAGAUAAUAUAAUACAGUAUGGUGAAGAUGCUGAUGUGAAAAUACGAGAUUUCGACGAACCAGACCCUGAGGAAAAUGAAUCGUGAAAUAAAGUGUUGAUUUGAUGAA